AUGGGUGAAAGAUCAAAACAUACCUCCAUGUUACCGGAUUUGCAUAGUCUACUUAACUAUUCUUCUAUACCGUACCAAAAUUUGUCUUGGAACUUACCAAGAAAUCCUGCCCUUAUUGCACACAAAAUCACCUCCCAACAAUCCCCAAACUCACCGCCUGCCUCCUCUGUGGUUGCUCCAAAUACACACUCCAACCCUCGUAAACAGAAUCAUGUAUCCAUGCCUGUUGGAUUAUUUCGCUGUGCCUCCCAUGUUGCUGCAGUGAUAGUGGCGGCUCCUAUUGAACGGGUCUGGAUCCUUAUGCAAUGUCAAAAUGAGAUGAUAAAAUAUGGUCGUCUCUCUAGUCCCUACAAGGGAAUGAAAGACUGCUUUAUGAGAACCAUAAAAAAUGAAGGCUUCCUUUCCCUUUGGCGUGGCAGCAGCAUAAGUGUGAUAGGAAGCUUGACAGCUUUUUUGACUCGUGAAGUCGUUUUCCCAAUCACACCUCGUUUUUGGCAGUUGCCACUUUGGAUGUUGAAUUGUCAGUUUCUUUAUCCACUCUAUUAUGCUCGAGUUCGUCUUGCUAAUGAUGUCAAAGCUGCUCAAAAAUUUUACUUUUCUUUGGACUCCACUAAAAGUAGUUUCAGCAAUGACGGUGUUGGCAGUAGGAAGUUCAGUGGUGCUUCUGAUGUUCUCUACAAGACACUUAAAUCGGAAGGCAUAGUUGGUCUCUGUCGAGGAUUCCUUCCUGCAUGCCUUGGGGUUUUUGGAUCAUAUCUGUGUGGUGAAUGGGAGAAAAAGACUGGCAAGAUUUUCAUCAUACCUGCUUUUAUGACGGUCAUUGGUAUUCCUGUCUUACGUUACCCAUUAGUUACAGCAACACUUUCAUCUGAAAUGGCAGACAGGUGUGAACAUACUUCCAUGUUCCCAGAUUUGCAUUGGUUGCAUUGGUUUGCAUUGGUUGUACCAUUGAAGCUCAAAAUUUACUAA